AUGUAUUUGGUCACGACCGUGUCCCCCGUCUUUUUCACCGGAGCAAUGCAGAUCAAUGUCACAAAGGCGCCAUUCACUCUGACGACUCGGAUUGAGAACAUGACUACCGUCAGAGCCUCGUCUCAGGAAUGGCUGUCUGAUCAAGAGCUACAAGCGAUAAGCUCACUCAAUAGGAGCCAGCCCGAAAUGUUGCCAAUCCGCCAAUGUGUCGAGGCGUACAGCAAGCCAUUCCAAAACACAUACCGCAACUUGUUUGUAGUUCUCGAUACAGCUGAGAGCAACACUGUUCUAUCGACACGAACAUCAUCGCCCCGGGACAUUCAGCCUUAUUCUUGGAUCUGCGAUGGGACGAGAGCCAACUCUACAGGAUUUUGCAGCAACCAAAAUCUUCAAGAAUCUGCCGUCAGUUGGUCGCUGGACGGGGACAGGGUCAAGUAUUGUUUGUGUGAACGCGCUGCCGGCCUAUGUGAGCUCAACUUCCAUCACACGCUGCUCAUCAUCGUCAUCUCAGCAAAUGCCGCAAAACUCGUUGCGAUGCUUGUGUUGCUCAACUUCUUCGACGAGUCGGCGCUUAUUACUCUGGGCGACGCCAUUGCAUCGUUCAUGGAUGAGCCGGAUCCAACAACGAGAGGAAUGUGCCUUGCCGACCACAAAGUCUUUUGUUCCAAAAGAAACACGGAUGGAGCAUCUACUUGGACAUGUCAGAAGAGGCGGUAUACCCCAAAUGGAUACCCAGUCCGGUGGUUCAGAACAGUGUCAUUUGGGCAAUGGGUCAGGACGUUUAGCAUAAUGAUCUGCGUCUUGUUGGCCACAAUAGUGCUUUGCGUUACUGCCACGAGGCACGUCGCAAAGGUCAAUCCGGACCAGGAUAUGUCCCUGAAAGGGUUAUUCUCCAUGGGGUUUGGUGCCCUGAGGAUCAGUUCAACUCUCACGAACAUAUCAAGUCGGAUUGAAGUCCUGGUUAUCGUUGCCAACAUACCGCAGUUGGUGCUUUCUUUCGCCUACGUGCUCGUGAACAGAGUCCUGUCCGGUAUGGCUUCCUCGCGCGAGUGGGCAUCCUUCGCGCAUAAGCGAGCCGGGUUACGCGUCACCCGAGCAUUGGGUGAGCAGAGAAGCACCUAUUAUCUCCAGCUGCCUUACAGCCUCGCGGUUCCACAGAUUGCCACGAGCAUUGCGGUUCACUACAUCGUGUCCCAAAGUGUCUUCGCAUCCAGAGUGCAGAUAUACGACUACCUCGCCCAGGGCCAGCAAUUUGACGAGUAUAGGGCUCUGGGGUUUUCUGCAAUUGCCAUAAUUGCCGGGAUUGUGUUGUGGUUCUUCAUAAUGGCGGCGUUGUUGGGCCUGGGACUCGUGAAGAACAGACCGGGCAUGCCUCCCGUCGGUUUCUGGAGCGCAGCCAUAUCCGCGGCUUGCCAUCCACCUCGGUUUCCGCAGAACACGUCCCUGAAGAAAGUCAUGUGGGGAGAGAUAAAGCCGUACGGAAGUCAUGACGCCACAUGA